AUGCCAGUUUCGAAUUUGACGAGAAGCAAACAAGACCAAGCAGCAGCGAUGAAUAUCAAGACGUAUUUUGUCGCCGUCAUUGGCGUUGUGGCUACUACCUUCACCGCAGCCCAAGAGCUGAGGGUCUGUCGGCCAGCCUGUGGAGGAGGAGGCGUCUACUCCGAACUGAACGUGAACAUCGCCGUUUGCUGCCAGGAGAAGGGUCAUCUAAGUAAUGAGGCCUUUGACAAGUGCUGCGCUUCGAGCUGUGAGAGCGGCAAUCCCUGCUCGAACAUUACUGAGCCGUCUGAUGAACCGUAUGUUGGUGUUUAG